UGAAAGAGAGGGAAACGAGCGAAUGCAAGGAAAGCAAUCGUCUGGUUCAAACGUCUGAUUAUUCUGAAAGGUUUUUCUCCCAACGCAAGCGGGGCAGAAUUUUAUUCUUAUUUCUUAACAAGUUUUUAACCAAAAACAGCAAAAUAAGCACUAUUUUCUUACCCAAUCUGACAAGCUGCAAGUGCGCGCUAGGUGUGCAAGUGAAAAUUGAGAGUCUUACGCUACGGACGAGCGUGUACGCGGUUAACAUAACAAACCGAAGCGAAGGACGCAAGAAGCGCGUCAAUUUUCUGCCGAAAGACUGCUUCUGCUGCUGCUGCCGUGUGUGUUGCUAUUCCUUGAAAAGCGGCUCGAGUGCGAUAGAACGCGCUUGUGGUGGUGGUGGUGGAACAAAACAUUCGUUUGGUGUACUGUUCGUUCGGUGGCGCUUGGAAGAUGAUGGCCUACGGUGCAAUAAAUAAUCGAAUGUAGUUCCGUACCCGGAAAAGUUUUUGAGUGUACAAUUUCGCGCUUUUUGGACGGAAAGACCCCGUAGAAAGCUCGCAUUUGACUGGUGGGGCUGUGCAGCGAAAGAGAGCAAAAAAUAGGCAGAAGAGCGAGUUUGACAACAUCUGGCCUCCGUGUGCAGUGGGCUUCACUACAUCCGGCACAGAACGUCCCAGGAACGCGGUGCGGUGAGCGGCGGCGGGGAGAACGAUGGGCGAUAUCACGUACCCGGCGGGAUGCCGGCCGAUUAACGAAGAUCUCGGGCAGGACGAGCUGAUUCGCCGGCUGAAGACGCUCACCCACACACUGCAGGCGAUGGGCCAGGACGAGGACGGCAUGUACACGCAGUACAUUCCGCUGGCCGUCCAUCUGGCGGACGAUUUCUUUCUGCAGCAUCCGUCCCGGGACGUGCAGCUGCUGAUUGCCUGCUGCAUAGCGGACGUGCUGCGCGUGUACGCACCGGAAGCACCGUACAAGGAUCAGGACCAGAUCAAGGGCAUCUUUAUGUUUCUGAUCCGGCAGCUGAACGGGCUGCGCGAUCCGAAGGAUCCGGCGUUCAAGCGCUACUUCUAUCUGCUCGAGAACCUCGCGUACGUGAAAUCGUUCAACAUGUGCUUCGAGCUGGAGGACUGCCAGGAGGUGUUUUGUACGCUGUUUAGUUUAAUGUUUAAAAUUGUCAAUGACGAACACAGCCCGAAAGUGAAAUCCUUCAUGCUGGACGUUCUCGCACCGCUCAUCACCGAGUCCGAUUCGGUGUCUUACGAUCUGCUCGAUCUGAUCUACAUCAACAUCGUCGAGCCGCUGCGAACGCAGAAGCGAAACGCGUACGAGCUGGCGAAGGAACUCAUCAUCAAAACGUCCAACUGGCUCGAGGCGUACACGCAAGCCUUUUUCAACCAGAUCCUCAUACUGGACAAGAACGAAAAGCAGUACCAGAUUGUGCCGAAAAUCUACGACGUCAUCUACGAGCUGAACGUGAUCACGCCGAGCAUCCUGCUGUCCGUGCUGCCGCAGCUCGAGUGCAAGUUGAAAUCGACGCACGAAGCCGAACGGCUGAAAGCGGUGUCCACGCUGGCGCGCAUGUUUUCCGAGCCCGGCUCAACGCUCGCCCGCCAGUACGGGCCGCUGUGGAAGCAGUUCCUUGGCCGCUUUUACGACAUCGCCGUGCCGAUCCGCAUCAAGUGCGUCCAGAGCACGAUGCACUUCCUGAUCAACCAUCCGAGCCUGCGGAAGGACAUUAUCGAUACGCUGCGCAUCCGGCAACACGAUUCGGACGAAACGGUGCGGUACGAGGUGGUGAUGGCGAUCGUGGAGACGGCCAAGCGGGACCUGCAGAUCGUGUCAGAGUCGGAGGACCUGCUCGAGUUCGUGAAGGAGCGCACGCUCGACAAGAAGUACAAGAUCCGCAAGGAGGCGAUGAACGGGCUGGCGAUGAUCUACAAGAAGUACCUCAGCGACACGAACGUGCCGGCGGCCACGAAGAAGGCCGUCAACUGGAUCAAGGACAAGAUACUGCACGGCUACUACAUGACGGGCGUGGAGGAUCGGCUGCUGGUCGAGCGGCUGCUCAUCACCUGCCUGGUGCCGUACCAGCUGCCGGCUGAGGAGCGCAUGAAGAAGCUGUACCAGCUGCUCGGCACGAUCGAUGACAACGCGACGAAAGCGUUCAUCGAGCUGCAGAAGAACCAGCUGAAGGUGCGGCGCAGCGUCGCCGACUGGAUCAAGCUGCACCGGCUGAAGGAUCUCACGCCGACCGUGCUGAAGGAGAUGAACGUCAAGUGUACGAACAUCGCGAAGCAGCUGCCGGAUCCGGUGAAGGCGCAGGAGCUGCUGCUCAAGUUUUCCGCCCAGAUGCGCAAGGACCCGAAGCUGAUCGUCGAGAUGGAGACGAUCCUGAAGCGGGACGUGUCGUGCAAGGAGUGUGCCGACACGAUGGCGAUCGUGCUGAAGAAGCUCGGCCAGCCGAUCAUGACCAACACGUACUACAACACGGUCAAGAUGCUGCUCGAGCGGAUCGCCUCGGUGAUGGUGGACAAGCAGUCGAUUGGCGUGCUGAUCGAGCUGAUCCAGGAGUGCAUGAACGGCGGCAAGGAGGUGAUCGAGGAGGUGAGCCUGCCAACGGAUUCGGCCGGCGAGCGGGGCCUCAAGCUGCUGACGGUGCUGGCGUACGUGUUUUCGGCCCACUUCCAGCACGACGAGAUACUGCGCCACAUGAUCGGGCUGCUGUCGUUCGGCGAGCCGUACGUGGCGCCGUACGUGCUGAAGGCGUUCACGUACCUUGGCCGCUACAAGUCACUGAUCGAGUCGCACCCGGCCAUCCUGAAGGAGUUGGCCCCGCUCUGCAAAGAGUUUGCGAUCGCGGGCACACCGAAGCAGGCGAAGCACGCGAUCCGCUGUAUGUUCGUUAACACGCAGACGGGCAACAGUGGUGCCGUAGAUCCGCUAGCGACGGGUGCGCCCGGAUCGGACCUCAGCGCGAUCGACAUCUUCCCGGACAUUGUAGAGGGCAUGAAGCAAACGUUGCACCCGCAGAGCGAACACUACCGCACGGCUAUCGUGACGCUCGGGCACAUCGCGUACAAUCUGCCGGACAAGUUUCACGUGCAGAUCAAGAACAUUAUCUCGCGCAAGAUCGUGAAGGAGCUGCUGGUGAAGGAAACGUCGGACGGGCGGUCGAACGUGCCGGCGAAGGACUGGUGCGACGAGCAGGACCUGCCGGAGGAGACGCGCUGCAAGGUGGAGGGGCUGAAGACGAUGGCCCGCUGGUUGCUCGGGCUGAAGAAGGACGUGCUGUCGGCGCAGAAGACGUUCCGCAUGCUGAACGCGUUCAUCAGCAAGAAGGGCGACCUGCUCGAACAGGGCGGGGCACUGUCGGCGGCGGAAAAGUCGUGGCUGCGCCUCAGUGCCGGCAAGGCGAUGCUGAAGAUCUGCGAGCAGAAGGGCGUGGGCGAUCAGUUCAUUGCAGAGCAGUUCUACAACCUGUCGCAGUUGAUGACCGAUCCAGUGCCGGAGGUGCGCGAUACGUUCGUGAAGAAGCUACACAAAGGCCUGAGCAAGGGCAUUCCGCACAAGUGCCUUCCGCUUGAUUUCAUGGGCUACUAUGCGCUCGGCGGAAGAGAAACAGAUCAAACGUUGUUCGCUCAAAUCAGAUCCAACAUAGAAACAGACGUCAACAGACGACGAGAGUACGUGAAAAACUUCACCACAGUCGAGCGUGGCAUGAGCCAGCUGCCGCACAUUCUACCGGACUAUAUGCUCGUGUUCGCCGUGACCGUUCUGACGCACGAUCCUCAUUUUACGCGCCCAAACGAUCCGGCCCAGCUUCGACAGAUAGAACGGUGUCUGUGGCUCGUGCUGGAACCACUCGUCAUGAACAAGGAGUUCUUCUGCUUUAGCUUUUACAAAAAUUUGAUCGAACGUAUUAAACACCACAAGGACGCCCUCAAGCCCGAGGACGAGGAAACGAAUCACAAACUGUGGGCCAUUUGUGAUGUCGCGAUGGGGCUCAUACUCACCCGUCUAACGUUCUACGAUAUGAGGGAAGCACCGGCCGAGGCACGCAUACCAUCGAUGUACUUUCAGGCCCAGCCGGAUGACUUCCAAAACACGCGCUACUACAUUCCCGACGACAUGUACAACCUAACGGAUCGGAGCGGUCGCAGUGCGGUCCCGUCCGGCUCAAAGACACUGGCGCCUGCGGCCAAACCCAAACCCCAAAGCGCGACCACUUCCGCAUCCGCUUCGUCCUCGUCAUCCAGCGCGACAGCCUGCGCGUCCUCCUCCUCAUCGCUUACACUGCCGGUCACGUCUAGUUCGUCAGCGAUGGAACGGAACAAACUCAAAACGAAAUUCGCUCGCCAAGCAGUUCACGACGAUGACGAACAUAACAAUGGGCAGGACGACGGAGAAGAUACCGGACCACCACCCUCCAAGCGAACCUACAAAGCAGCCGAUGGUGCCAAUCUAUAAGCAAUGACGGCCCCCAACGCCACCAUCCCAUCCAAUAGGAGGCCCUUUCGGCGUGCGUGCCGCGUGGUUAUUUUAUAAAACUGCGAGAUUGAUGUAUGCUAUAAGUUAUUUAUGUACAGUGACACACACAAAGACUAGACGGGUGAAGCGACGAGUGGGGGAUACAAACGCCCAUAAGGACGGCGCGCGAAGGAUGUUUUUGUUAGGUUAGCGAAAGACAUGCUCAUAGAUCCAAUUUUGGAACAUAAGUAACUAUACACACACACACCCACUGGACACCGAGGCGACUGUAAACGGUUGAUUAUAUUUGCUAAACACCUUCUUUGAUAAUAAAAAAAAAACAACUCCUCGGAAGGCUGCAUGCAUGCGUGUGUUGGCUCAAUUAAAAGGAGCAAUGAAUCUGGUGGUGAUUCCGCAAAACAUUAGUAGAGGGCAUUAACUAUCAGACCACUACCACCUUCUCUCGCUGCAUAUACUCAACAUGGGCCUUUUACUUUUGUUAAGAGAGAGAGUGCCACACGAUACUUCUCAAUACGUACUGCAAGAACCUUGUUAAGCAGAAAGGACACUGCGAAAAAGGUAAAAAAGAAACGAAAGCUUUUUUUGAAUACCAGAGAGGGGGCUAAGCAUAAAGCUUAAACGUUUAUGAAUUGCGAGACUAUGAAAUACAACACCUGUAGCUAUAAUGAUGCUGACUACAAAAGUGACAAAAAUAUAUAUAAAAAAAUAAGUACGGUAAA